GUUGCUGUUCAAUCUCAGAUCUCUUAAAAUUCAUCUGUUUCUUUUGUAAAUUACUUGCUUUAAUUGGUUUCUACUUCGAAUUAGGGUGAUUUUGAUUCUAGAAAGGCUUUGAGAAUUUGGAAGGAGGGAAGAGAGAGCAAUGGCAGUCCAUGAUGAUUCGAAUGGGCAGAAGAAGAAAUCAAGUGAUGCAUUGGAUGAGAUACCAACUUUUAAUGUCGAAAAUAUGCAAAACAACACAAGAAUUAUCAAUUAUAGCCGCACAUUUAUGUCUAUCAUAGGUGGCGUGAUUGCUGGAAUUUUGGGGUACACGGCCUUGACGGGAUUUAUUUUCUAUUUUGUCAUCAUGGCUAUUACUACUGUAGGGCUGGCUGCAAAGACUGGCUUUGCUGUUCAUUCUUUUUUCGAUAGCUGGAACAAGAUUGUCUUCGAUGGCAUUCUAGGCGGACUUUUGUCUUUCGUGCUAUUCUGGACAUUUGCCUACGAUAUGGUUCAUAUAUUCUGAGGACUCUGCUAUGGGGCGGUUUCAUGGCGGCAACCUUGCAUUGUAUAACCAUUUGUGACACUUGAUUUAAUCUGCAAUAGGAUAAAUGUAUGAGAACGUUAACUUAUUUUUGUUUGUAUUUUACUAUUUGGAUAACAAGUGCAAGAUUUUGGUUUAUAGAACUCAGUUAUUGACUUCUUUUUUCCCAA